AUAUGCGCGCUCCCGGCUGCGUUAUAAACUCCCGCUGUCAGGGAAGCUCCUGCUAGUGGCAAGCGGAGAGUCGCGGGGAGCGGGAGCCUGAUGCUGAUAGAUAGAUUGUGGUUGUCCUUCCUGAGUUAUAUGGUCCUCUGAACCACCUAUCAAUGAAGACAUCUGGAAUGGCUUCCUUUAAGCAGCAGAGAGUGGAAGACUUUUAUGAAGUUGGAGAAGAACUGGGAAGUGGUCAGUUUGCUAUCGUGAAGAAAUGCUGUGAUAAAAGCUCUGGAGUUGAAUAUGCAGCAAAGUUUAUUAAGAAACGGCAGGUUCGAGCCAGUCGGAGAGGAGUGAGACGUGAGGAAAUUGAACGGGAGGUGAACAUCCUGCAGCAGAUCCAGCAUUCCAACAUUAUCACCUUACAUGAUGUUUACGAGAAUAAAACAGAUGUGGUCCUCAUUCUGGAACUGGUAUCUGGAGGAGAGCUCUUUGACUUUUUGGCUCAGAAAGAAUCUCUGAGUGAAGAAGAAGCGACUGCGUUUAUUAAACAAAUCUUGGACGGAGUGAACUAUCUCCACUCCAAAAACAUUGCACACUUUGAUCUCAAGCCAGAAAACAUUAUGCUUCUCGACAAGGUACCAGUGCCACAUAUCAAGUUGAUAGACUUUGGCCUCGCUCACACAAUUGAAGAUGGAGUUGAGUUUAAAAACAUAUUUGGAACCCCUGAAUUUGUUGCUCCAGAAAUUGUGAAUUAUGAGCCCCUUGGGCUUCCUGCAGAUAUGUGGAGCAUAGGAGUCAUUACCUACAUUCUGUUAAGUGGUGCUUCCCCUUUCCUUGGUGACACGAAACAAGAAACCCUUGCCAACAUCUCUGCAAUGAAUUAUGACUUUGAUGAAGAAUUUUUCAGCCACACCAGUGAAUUGGCUAAGGACUUCAUUAAAAAGCUUCUGGUGAAAGAUACUAGGAAAAGGCUAAGCAUAAAAGAUGCUCUUUCACACCCAUGGAUAAUGCCAUUGAAUAAAUGUCAAGCACUUGUGAGAAGGGAAUCUGUGGUUAAUUUGGAAAAUUUCAGGAAGUUAUAUAUCAGGAGGAAAUGGAAACUAACGUAUCGGAUUGUGUCAUUUUGUAAUCAUUUGACUCGUUCCUUCCUUAAAAAAGAUUAUCUCAAGACAGGUGAAACUUCAAGACAGUAUGACAGUGACAAUGAGGACAUGAGCUUCAAAAGAAGGCCUUCCAGACCAAGGAGACGCAGCAGCACGUCAUAAAGCGAUCUCUGAUUGGGUUACGCCAAAAAUGAGGCAGCCCUAAGGACAGGUGGACCAUUGUACUGUUAGAAUCAACAAAACCUGAACCUACACCAGUGCUGCUUGUACCUGUUGCUGGGACAAUACCAGGCAUGCUCAAUAGAACGUACCCAUGUUCCCACACACACGCAGACCAGAUGAAUGAUGCCAGGCUUUGUACCUACUGCACAAGCCAAAGAGUGCAAUACAGCUUUGCAACUCAGUGUAUUGUUUUGUUUAUAUCUGCUAUUUUUAAAUUAAGGUUUUAAGUGUCACAAUUCUGUCCUUUUCACAUACAGCUCUUGGGAUUGCACUGAUGCAUUGCAUAUCAGGAACAGUGUGAUGCAGUUCUGGAAAAACUCAGCAGGUCUUGCAGCAUCUGUGGAGAGAAAUCAUAGCUAAUGUUUCGGGUCCUUCAGAACUGGAGUUCUUCUCCAGCUGUGAGGAAGGGUCAUUGGAUCUGAAACAUUAACUCUGACUUCUCUCCAGUAAUGUUGCCAGACCUUUGAGUUUUUCCAGCAAUUUCUGUUUUUGUUUCUAAUUUCCAGCAUCCGCAGUGCUUUCCAUUUUUGUUUGAUACGAUGUAGUUUCCUUAUCUUGUAAUGGGUCCUCCGUUUCAAGCCUGUUGCUGUGGGUACUUUGAGUGGCGAUCGGGCACUUUACCACAAGCAAUGGGCAGGAAGAAGAGAUAUUGGAACGAUGGGUUUUGACUUCAUUCAAACUGUACUUCCUACCAUGCCAAAUGUUGCUUGGGCAGAAUGUUUAGCCACAGGCUCUAAGUGGAGGUUAGGAACAUAUUGAGCAGUAAUUUGGGAAAUUAGUAUCAGCAAAUGAGGCAGCCAAGCAGACAGAUGUUUGAGCCAAGUUGAACGUUGUUGGUUUCAACUAAUAUUGUUUUAAUGCAAGCAUUGUUUCACAUAGUUUUAGAUAGUAGACCUUUUUUUAAGUUUACUGACUAAAAAAAAUAACUUUAUAUGGUAUACCAUGAAGCUUUCAGCAUGAGAUUAGAAGAGAAACUAUUCCUUGUGAAUAUAUAACCUCAACAGGAAUUCACAAAAGCCUGAUUCCUGAAAUGAGUUGCCUUGACAUGUUUUUCAACUACUGUUUACAGGAGUCGAGAUAAUGAUAUUGUCUCCCCAACAAAUCUUUUGGGUGAUUUUUCUUAGGAAAAUAAUACUCACUUCAGUGUUGCCCGUUUUACAACAAUGCAAAUAGACUUUAUGUAACUGUCUUUUCAAUAAAAUCCAAGUGGUUAAUUAGGUUUUAGCCAGUUCAUUAUGAAGGAAAUGAUCCUUAAAUGCAGUGUGGAGCUCACAAAGAUGGGCAGCAUUGUUUUGGGUGUGGAGAAUCUUUUGAAGAGUUGAAAUGAGAAAAGAUGAGAAUGUUGGGCAUUGAAGUGAGAACGGCUGUGGACUGUGUCAAUAAUGGAUUGGAUGUGAGAGAGCAAGCUGAGUUCACAGUCAAGCAGUUCACUGAGGUUUUGCAUUUCCUUACUUGGCUUCAGAAGGCAAACAGGAAGGAGGUUGGACCUCAAUCUAGAGAUGCUAAAGGAAGUUCAAGAAAAGGCUACCUAGCUCUUCCCUUUACUUGGAGAGUCACAAGCAGUUCAGUCAUAUCCUAUGUGUCCUCUCUAACCAAAGCAGCCCAAAAGUUAUUCAAGUCCUGAGUUGCUGUCAUGAUUUAAAAUUGUGAAGCACCUCGAGGUGCAAGUGCGAGGUGAAAAUGUUCUGCUUAUCUAGCCCUCCAACUAGGAGGGUGUCCCACUUGUUCAGGUCAACAUUGAUGCUGAGGAGUGAGCACAGUGAGUGCCUAAGAGAGCUCAUUAUGUCCAACUCAUUUCCACACAGGAAGACAUUGAGUUUCUGUAUUUGUUUCUGAAUUAACUGACUAAAAAUAAAAGAGAACAGCUGGGUCGAUAAUGUUCAAAGGUCCCACCUGCAGAGAGGUCUAGAUUGGUAGAAUUGCCCUUAACAUCCUCAAUGGCUCGAUAACUGAAUUGGUAGCUGAAUAAAGUAAAUUUACAGAUGAAGCUCAAGUAAAACAAGCAGCUUUGUGUUGUAUUGUUGUCUCCCUUUCUCGAGAAUUUUUAAAUUUUCAGUUUUCUACUUUUCAAUCGAAAGUAAUUUACUGCAAAGAAUUAUGGGAAAAAUUACUGCUAAAAUUUCAUUCCCAGUUGGAGGGGCUGAAGUUCCUCACUGACCAUGUGACCCUGAUCACAAUGUGACUGGGAGGGGACCUAUUGAUGCUAUUAGUGUUUGACCGGCUGAUAUUGGAGGCAUUGUCAUUCAGAGGCACUGGACUGUAACUGGGAGUGCAUUUAGAGAUUUUAUCCUGUCUUCAAAUGCCUCACCAGAUCAAACAGUCCAUCUGACUCUAAACAUUUUCAUAAGUGGUAUUCAGAAAUAGUCAAACAGUCCUUUUUUUUUUUGAUAAAAUAUCCCAUUUUCAACAAUAAAUCCCUUACCUCUGUUUCACUAUCUUCUCGAGCCUGAGACACUCUGUUAGUCUCUUUUGAAAAUAAAUACUGUAAGUUUGUGUUUAUUUAGUGUUGCCUGUUAGAGUUGGAUGGUUUUUCAGGUCUGAACUGAGCUGGUUGGUCCCACAUCCACUUGUGUCACCAACCAUACUGCUCUCCACAGUCUGGGCAACAUUUCUAGCUCAGUGAUAGGAACUUGCAAAUAAAAUCAGUUAGCAGGAAACAUCUUCUACUCAAAAUGUUACUGCAAUGGUCUAUUUGAGGAGUUCAGUCUUUACAGAAGAAAAUGGUAGCAUGUGCCCCAAAAUAUUCCUUCAAAAUCUAUAUGUUUUAAACAGAUUUAAACAGAGAACAACUGCUAACUAAACACUGCUGAAGCUGGAGCUCGAAGGAACCAUUUGGUUA